AUGUCCUGGCAAGCGUAUGUCGAUAACAACCUCAUUGGCACUGGCAAAGUGUCACAGGCAGCCAUCCUUGGGCAGCAAGGUGGCGUCUGGGCUAUCUCGUCUGGACUCCAGAUCAGCCCCGAAGAACAAGCAGCCCUUGUCGCUGCGCACAAAGACUUUGAUCACGUCCGCGCGAAUGGCAUCCGAAUAGCUGGCGUAAAGUACUUCGUUACCAUCGCUGAGGAUCGAACCGUAAUUGGGAAAAAGGGAGACGCAGGCGUGUUCCUCGUGCAGACGAAGCAGGCCAUAUUGGUGGCGAUAUACCAUGCACCCAUCCAGGCCGCAGAGACCAGCGGCAUCGUUCUGGGUCUAUCGGAUUACCUGAUCGGUGUUGGGUAUUAA